AUGCCGUCAGGAAGUGACUUUUUAAAACGAUACAAACGUCAGGCACAGUAUUCGACAUCGACUACACUCCUUUGUAUGUGCUUUUGUGGGUGCACUACUACGUCAACAUCAACAUCAACAACAUCAACAUCGUUAACAUUAACAACAACAUCAACAACAACAACAACAACAACAUCGACAACAUCAACAUCGACAACAUUAACAUCGACUACAUCAACGUCGACAACAUCAACAUCGACAACAUCAGCAACAACAAGUACGACAUCAACGACUUCAACAACAUCGACAACAUCAUCAUCGACUACAUCAACAACGUCAACAUCAACAACUACAACGACCACAACAUACGACCCUGCCUGCAUGUGUCCAUGUGCAUGUACGACAUCGACAACGACAACAACAACAUCAACAUCGUCAGCAUUAACAUCAACGUCAACGACAACAUCGUCAUCAUCGACAACAUCAACGACAGCAUCAACAUCGACAACAUCAACAUCGACAACAUCAACAUCGACAACAUCAACAACAUCAACAACAUCGACAACAUCGACAACAUCAACGACAGCAUCAACAUCAACAUCGACAACAUCAACCUCAACAUUGUCGACCACCACCACCACUUCAACACUCUCUAUCUCUUCAACUACAAGCAGUACGGCAUCAUAUCAAACUACACAAGCACUCAAUUAUUCCUGUGUUGUAAAUGAUAGUACCAUUCAAAUAGAGUUAUCAACUUUGUCUCAUUCUGCCGCACAGUCAGCAUCGAAUUGUUCUUUAAAACAACAUAAUGCCAGUUUGACUAAUUGUGCCGUGUCGAAUCCUUCAUUAACACCAUGUUUUGAUUAUCGCACAUUUGAUAAUAGCAGCUAUGUGGCACCUGGUAUCCUGUGUUCGCUUUUAGAACCAUGCAACAAUAUUACACUUACUUGCGCAUCAAAUAGUUUUGUUUGUGUAGUCAAUUCAUGUUGUUCACCACAGGCGAUAUGUUUACCGUUGGUAUUGACAAGACUUUGCAUAAUAAUUCCUUGA